UCGCGACGCGUUUCCUCUCCUCCCCUCUUCUUCUCCUCUCCUCCGCCCAAUCUCCCACCACCACGCCGUUCCUCUCCUCCUCCUCCUGCUGCUGCUGCGGCCGCGCCGCCGAGCCUCGGCAACCAACCCCCUCCACCACCACCACCGCCGGUAGAGGAGGCGAGGUCAACAGCAACAACCCAAACACAAUAUCCAUCCCUUCUUGCGCGCGGUGGUUUCCGGGCAGAUCUGAGACACACCAAACAAAAGAAGGUCUCGAUCGAUGGCUUCUUCCUCCCCUUCCUCCUCCUCCUCCCCCCCUUCCGCCGCCGGUGCCUCCUCCUACUGGUGCUACAGCUGCGACCGCUUCGUGCGCGCCCCCGCCCCCCACGACGACUCCGCCGUCGCCUGCCCGGACUGCGGCGGCGGCUUCCUCGAGGAGAUGAGCGCGCCCCCGCCGCGCGCCGCCUACCUCCGCCGCCCGCGCGCGCACCACGCCAACGACCUGCGCCUGCGCCGCACGCGCCGCGCCGCGGCGGCGGCGGCGGCCGGCGACCGCUCGCCGUUCAACCCCGUCAUCGUGCUUCGCCGCUCCCCCGCCGCCGCCGGCGACGACGACUCCCUCGCCGCCGCCACCAGCUUCGAGCUCUUCUACGACGACGGCGCGGGCUCCGGCCUCCGCCCGCUCCCGGAGACCAUGUCGGACUUCCUCAUGGGCUCCGGCUUCGAGCGCCUCCUCGACCAGCUCACCCAGAUCGAGGCCGGCGGCCUCGCCCGCGCCAGGGAGAACCCACCGGCCUCCAAGGCCUCCGUCGAGUCCAUGCCCACCGUCACCAUCGCCGCCUCCCACGUCGGCGCAGACUCCCACUGCGCCGUCUGCAAGGAGCCCUUCGAGCUCGGCGACGAGGCCAGGGAGAUGCCCUGCAGCCACAUCUACCACCAGGACUGCAUCCUCCCAUGGCUCGCGCUCCGCAACUCCUGCCCGGUCUGCCGCCACGAGAUGCCCACCGACGCCGCCCGCCCGCGGCCCAGCAAUGCCGGCACAGAGGAGGAGACGGUCGGCCUCACCAUCUGGAGGCUGCCCGGAGGCGGCUUCGCCGUCGGUAGGUUCGCCGGAGGGAGGAGGCCCGAGGAGAGGGAGCUUCCAGUUGUGUACACCGAGAUGGAUGGAGGGUUCAACAACGGCGGCGCGCCGAGGAGGAUCUCCUGGGGUUCGAGGCAGAGCCGAUCGACGGAGAGGAGUGCCAUUAGGCGCAUCUUCCGCAAUGUGUUCUCGUGCUUUGGUCGCAGCCAUUCAUCGAAUUCUCAGGCCUCGUCUUCGCAUUCGAGGCCGGAGUUGAACGAUGCGUCUGACCGGAGCGCCGUGUUCAGCCAUGGCUCAAGAAGCCGGAGCACGAGCUGGAGGCUCGAAGAUGGCCAUGCCGACGCCAUGGUGCAAAGAUAGGCCUCAACUGAAGUAAGGAAGGUCGUCGAUUGUUUCCAUUUCGCGCAUAUGUAUUUAGAGGAAAAGAAAUUUGUAGUAGAACAGAAUUGAGAAUUGGUGUUGUACAUAGGAGCAGCAUCACAUCUACUAGUAGAUGAUAACUUGCAGGGAAGAAGAUGCCCACGAUGGUGAUUCUGAAAUGAGCAUUUGUUGUUUAGAGUGAUGAAUUUGCUCUUGCUGGUAGCAAAUGUCGCUUGGAAUUCUAUGAUUCAUUCAAAUUCAUUGUGGCGAUGAUUCUUUGCAUCUGUGAGAACGGAAUGAAUGAAACCAUUUUGAUGUUUGCAGUCUUGCAGGAUUCAAUAAAAAUCUUGUUCCAGAAAA